UUUUCAGAUCAUGUAUUGAUGGAGGAGGUUCAAAUUUGAACCAAUAUGACUCUCGACCAAUCUCCCCUAGGUGCCUCUGUGGGCUCGUUCAGUCGGAAGAGUGGAGGGGUGCGUAGUUCGUUCAAGGCUGCUGGCAGAUACACAACCAACACUCUGGGGGUGGGAGGGGCAACUGCGGCCACCAUGUUCGAAGAGAAGUGCUGCAAGUGUAGAUUCACUAUCAAACAUACAUCAUCCUAUCUUCAGUUCCACAAACAGCCUUGGCUGCCCCAGAAGGUAGGUGUGUGGUGGCACCGGAAGGGCAAAAAGGGAGUGUACAAGAUAGAAAGUUCGAGGGAGUGGGUGGCCAAGCCAGGUGAUCCAUACCAGGGCAAUUCCCACUUCUUCAACCCAGCAGACCGCACAUACGACUACGUCUCAUUCGACGCUGGAUUCAUUCUUAAACCUUCAUCCGACCAGUUUCUGAAGAAACUGUUCAAAGUAACUCUUGUCGGGUACAAUCCUGAAGCUCCAAAGCACAAACAGACAAAGCUUCUGGGAACAGGGGAAGUGGAUUUAAGCUCUCAUGCUUUUGAAGCAUACACCAUGCAGACAUUGUGCAGAACCACAGGCACUCUCCCCUCAUCGGGAAGAGCAUCAUCGACAAGUAGUGGUGACUCAUCCACCACAAGUAGACGACUGAAAGUCGAAUUAGUUCCAAAAAGCGAAAAGGUCAUGGUGCUAACACUGGACAUAGAGAUAAGCUGUACGAUGAUAGCCGAAAAUGUGCAGUUGGAUGACAAUGAGUUCUGGGACGCAAGCAGCGCGAGUUGCGGAGGCAGCACCAAUGACGACUUGUUGUCUCUAAAUUCAGAGUUCCUGGAGUCCCUGGAUGGCAGCAGUUCGUCCCCUGCUGUGCAGAAUAAACUCACCCGCUUCCAGACCAUGUCUCCGGGCGAUGCCAAGUCCAAAAAGGGUGCAGCGGGUGCGUUUAAACGGAUAGCCAGUUUCCAGAUCAAAAAGAAUCCAUCUUCCCCUCUGGCUCCUGGGAGUAAAUCUAGUGCCAGUGGCCACUCAUUCUCAUCGUCCAGUCUGCUGCAAGCCAAGGCCAGAACUGCGUCUCUAUCACCCUCCAGAGAUGCAUACGUGCAGUACCAACUACCACCUGUGUCGAAAUCGAGGUCAAAAUCAGUGAAACCCGGAGACACAACUUCUCAGAAAGAAUUAACAAAAGACACUAGUGGUAGACCAAGUCAUUUGACGACAAACUCACAAGAGAUGAUUUCAACUAUACCAGAAGUAAACACACCUCUGGGGACUAAAGAUUCUGAAGAAGAAAAUAAAACAAGAAAUAAGUUUUCUGAAAGCUCAGAAGCGUCGCAUAACCACGCCGAUGAAGAGAAAGACGAUAUCAGUUUCUCAGAGCAUAGUGGAUCGAAGUUCGACCAGUCAAUGAGGAACUCAUUCCAUGAAACAGACGCUGAUGUCACAUUGUCAUUCGAAACAGAGCUGGACGAUAAAAUACCUGGUCACCGGGUUACUGAAAGCAGCGAUAAACUAUCAUCCGAAUGUCAAAACGGCGAAAAAAGCAAGACUUUGGUGGAUCAAAGUGAAAUUAUAAUAAACAAAACAACAGUAGCAUCAUCGCAAAAUGACCAAAGAAGUACAGAAGUUGUUGAAAAUCAUCCUCUGGUGAUGCAUGAACUUGAUGAUAAGUCAUCAUCUUCGGGGGAUCAUCAGGGUGAAGUGAGACAGGAGAAGAAAGCGAAAGUGAACCCGUUUCUCUGCGACAAUGCAGACAACCAACCGUUCACUUCAGCUGAGUGUCUCAUUGAGCAGGAGCGUCUUGCUCUGCGUGACUUUGAACACUGGCUAACUGAAGUGAUCCGAGGAUACCCCAGAAUAGGAGACACUGGAGCUUCUGUCAUCAUGACCCUGGAUCCGAACAGGUCGGCUGACAUGUCCAGCAGUACUCAUGGCCAGGAUGCAACUCAUGACUCAGACUCAGUUCAACUCACAUGUGGAAUGACGUUGUGUGCGGUGCUGCAUAGAUAUUACCCGCAACUCAUAGGGAACUUCAACUGGCUGUUGGAAGAAAACGACACUCAAUCGGAAAAGUACUUCAAGCUAGCUUUAUCAACAUGCGACAUUGUCUCAAUUCCGACACGAGGUCUAACCUCAGAACACCCAUUUCAAAUCGCGAAGCAGAUCCACCUUCAUUACGCCACACAACCCAUCCCCCCACUGCCCGACUUUGGAGCAGCCACGGAACAGUUCGAGAUCAAAGAUCUAGAGAGGACAGAGGAUAUUAAGAGGAAGAUCAAGGAGAGGACUUCGAUUAGGACUAACUCGAAGGGACCGAGGAGGGUUCUGCCCUCGAAGGACAAGAAGGGUCAUGGUGCUACAAGUGCUGUUGUUGCGUCUUCAACUGCUGAUGAAGAUGUUGCUACUGUAUCGAAUGCGGUGGAAAUGGAAGAAAAGAAUAUCCCGAUGGUGUUAAAUGGCAGUGGACUUGGAGAUUCGUCUUUGAAGUUAGACGAUAAAAGAAGCUCAAGAGCCUCAACUAUAAUAAACCAGACACAGUCCGUAACUGAAUCAGAAACGAAAGGGUCACUCGCCACAAAUAAACUCGAAUCAGCGAAAUCUCUGAUGAUGAAUUGGGGAGCCAAGAUCAAAGCGAAACUUGAUGAGACUCAAACGGCCUCAUCACAAGCUACGAGUAACAGUGCUACCAACUCACCCAAAGCUGCACCCAGAAACGGAUCUCUUUCAAAAGAUCCAAUAUUUAUACCAUUAGAUGAACCAGAGGUCACGAAUGAGCACAAUGGAAGCAAUAGUAACGACGUAACUUCAUCGGCCCCUUCACAGGCAGAAGGAGUUGAUGAGAAAAGAGAAGAGCAAAGCAACAGUAAGAGUGAUUAUUAUGAGAGUGAGGAGGCCAUGUGUGAGAGUCUGAGACGCAACUGGCGCACCAUGAUUGGGAAGAAGCGACUGCUGCUGGAGAACAGACUCGAGGAAAUCGACACUCUCCUCAACAAACUGAGAACUCAAAUCACACAAGAUGGAGUCACUGAAGAGGAUAUCAUAGCAGGCAGUAUGGAAAUGAUCACACUCACCAAUGAGAAAAGCGACCUCAUGCUGGAGUUCGACGACAUCGAUAUCAUGGAAGAGGAUCUGGACCUACAGGAGAAGGCGGACCAGGUGAAGCACCAGUUGAGACUGCUGCAGAUGAACAAAGAAGUGGAGGGCACAGAGGAGAAGGAAGAAGAGGAGAGACGACUGGUAGAGCUGUUCAGAUCCCUCAUGGACGAGAGAAACGCACUGGUUGAGAAAGUGGACAACAGACGAGUGCGUGAAGGAAUGGAAGAUGAGCAAGACGAGGAGGGAGAUCCAACCUCCAAUGAGACAAAUCAGAGCAAGUUCAAGUUCGCCACUGAGUUCCUAACCAAAGACUACUUUGACAAGAAGAAACACUCGAAAAUGAACUUGAUGGAACAGUAUCUGAAGUUCGCUGCAUCUACCAGAAUCUCAAACAGGGCAUCUGUGGACCUGAUUAUAAAUGGCACACCAAGCAAUCACAGGACACUUGGCUCCAUCAUUAAUAGCGUCAACAUCAAGCAAUUCAAAACUUCCGAAGACACUUCAGAAGAUGGAAAUGACGUGAACAAAUGCGGUGUAAUGUGAGCAAAAAAAAAACAGAUUUAGAGCUUAAAUGUGAAAAUUUAUGACCAAGUUUUAUGAUUUCUAUCCCCAUUAUUUAUUUGACCGGUCGAUGGAAGAUUGACGCGAAAAUAGAUGCAAUUAAAUUCAAACUGUACAGCUUAAUAAAUUUCGAAUGUCUUUUUGGAUUAAGUUAACUAAUUUUUUGAUUUAUGUUGCGAUUAUUGUAUUGAUUGAUUAGAGGUUAUGUAUAUUUUAGUGUUUUUAGCUAUAACCAGAGGUAUUUAAUUGAACAUUUCAAUUUUUUG